CUUGUAACCAUUUACGAGUAAUUCAUUUGUUUUCUCUUAUCUUUUUGAGAGAAAACCAAUAAUGAAUAAACUCAUACGUUGCGGGGCUGGCAUUUUAGUUCAUUACUCUGUAUUCAACAUUAUUCUUGUUUUAAAUUCAAUGUUUUAGGUUACUGUCAUGAAUCAUAGCUGCUCUACUUGUACUUAAUAUUGGUGUGCUUGUGUGUGAUCCAGGAAGCACAUUUGCUUUGCUUAUGUAUGGAGCACCACUAUGUAUCUUUUGGAGAGUGAAUAAGAAGAAGACAACGGGAGAGAUGUCAGGGGUGCCCUAUGCAAUAGGCCUUUUAAACUGUCUUGUAUACACCUUGUAUGGCUCCCCUCUCAUAAGCAAUGGAUGGGAGAAUAGUCUUGUAAUGGGUACCAACGCUCUUGGCUUUCUCCUCCAGUUUUGCUUCUGCACCAUCUAUCUCCGCUUUGCUCCACCCAAAUCAAAGAGAAGAAUGGGUCUGAUGGUUGGAGGAGUCUUGGUGGUGUUUGCAAGCACUGCAGUAACUUCUAUGUGGGGAUUGAAAGCAGCCCAUAGGAAAGUGUUCGUUGGAACUGCUGGAAUGGUCGCCUCCAUCCUGCUCUACGGAUCUCCACUUUCAGAUAUUAGAGUGGUGUAUAGGACCAAGAGUGUGGAGUGCAUGUCCUUCUACUUCUUAAUGUUUGCUUUCCUAGGCAGUGUGUUGUGGUUGAUGUAUGGUGCUCUGAGCAAAGAUCUUCUUAUCAUGAUUCCGAAUUUCUUUGGAAUACCACUUGCUUCUGUUCAGAUGAUAAUAUACUGCACUUAUUGGGAAAAGAGUCGAGUACGAAUUGAAGAUCUAAAAUUGGAAGCAGUGCCUGUGCUAGUAGACAAUACAGCUAUAGAGCUUCCAGUAAAGUUGCGUAAGCUACCAUCGAUAAAACUCGUAGUGACAUAAAGUUCAGAGUACAGAUUUGACAGGAAAUUUGCGCAACUUUAUGUAAUUCUUAGAAUAAGUUCCUCCAAUUCCUCUCUGAUAAGAAAUUUGAGCCUCUCCAGACGAUUGUCAUUAUAUUAUCUUUGAUAUUGUUUGAUUUCGGAGUAUAAUGACUACUUCCACCUCAAAACUUUAGUAUUAUACUGUUUUACAUAUCA